CAGUCCGGACAUGUUUAAAACGCGCACUGUUUACCUUUCGCUGUAGUGGAAAGGCUGACUGCUUAAAAAAAAUGUAUUCUCUCGGUUCAGAGAGUUUAAUUAAACAAGCGAGGGAGAUUCAGGAGACUGAGCUGCAGAAGUUUUACAGCCGCCUCGUGAAGCUGCUCCAGCUCAAGGAGCUCGGUCAUGAGACGGUGGACUCGCUGCAAAGGCUGCACCUCAUCCUGUCCGCUAAUAAAUACGCCAGAACGCUGCCCUCAGAUCUCCAGCAGAGGCUGCUGUUGCUCCUCUCCUCACCCUCAGAGCAGCUCCAGGUGCUGAGCUCCGCUCUGCUCAGGGAGACGCCGCCCUCUUCUGGUGAGGAGCUGAACAACAUCCAGGAGAACGUCAGUCAGCUGAACACGCAUGCUGCCGCUCUGCUCGUCUCGCAGGCCAGAUCCAGGACGGAUUUGAACAAUCUCUGCGCUCAGCUCGUUCACGGUCUGGAGGGCCGGCCGUCUGACGGGCCGACUCGCUCGCUCAUGUUCACCCUGCCGGUGCUCAACAGCAUCCUCAGGCUCAGCCCAGAGAGCCUCACCGAAGAACACGUGACCAUCCUGAGUAAAAAGUUUGUCGACUGGCUGCGCUACGCAAGCAUCUUGCAGGGGGGUGGAGCCUCCUUGGGAGGGUUCUUCACAGGACCCAGGUCCCGUCAGCCUCUGCCCACAGCAGAGCUGGAUGGCUCGGUGUCGGGCGACUUCUUCACCGUGCUCUGCGUGGGCCAGGGAUUCACGGAGGACCAGUGGAUGAAUGUCUAUUCGUUUUCCAUGCUGCGCCGCUGGCUCCUCACCUACCACUCUGUUUCCAGCGGAAACAGCACAAUGGACGCUGCAAACAGGCUGCAGCUCAGCCUCUCCCUCUCCCACUCCUUUUCCAAUGAUGAUCGAUCAGAAGUGGACGGAUCAGUGGUUUCCAUGGUUUCGGCGACGUCCUCCUCCAGCCGCCUUCUUCCCCCAAAGGAGCGUCUGAGAGAGAAGGCGUUCCAGUACUGCCAGCGCCUGAUCGAGCAGUGCGAUCGCAAAGCACAGAAGAAGUCGGACACGGAACUGCAAAAAGCGUGCAUGGUGGAGGCCGUGUGCAUCCUGGACUGCGUGUGCGUAGAGGACCCCUCCAUGGUCUUCCGCACCUUCCCGUCCAUAAAGGCUCUGUUCAGUCGGCUGAGCUCGGAUUUGUCGUAUGCCAGAGUCCUGCUGCCCAUAGCGCAGUUCUACCUCAACCAUGGUGAAAUGGCAGCCGUGGACUGCGAGUGUGUGUGGAAGUUGGUCUUUGCCCGCUUUCCCGCAGAGCUCUUCAACGACCCUUUCCUCGCCCACGAGCUGCUGCGCUUCCUCCGACAGAACCUGGACGGCCUGCGGCUCCGAGCUCCUGAGUUCAUACGAUUCCUCCCGAACCUCCUGAAGUUUUUAGCAUGGGAUAGCUCAGCGGUCGUGGAUGACUUUGUGGAUCUGCUGCCCUCUCUGGUUACUGAAGGAACUGCGGUGGAGAUGCUUCACACGCUGCUGGACCUGCCGUGCCUUUCUGCUACACUCGUCUUGCAGCUCAGGUCCGUGUCUUUGCCCAUCUCGGAGUCGAGCAGCCGAGGCCUGCUGUCGCUCGACGCAUUUCGAAACCCCGCGUUCAGAGGACUUUUCCUCUUUCUGCUUCGAGUGGAGACGGGCUCAGGUCACACCAUCGACCGGUUGAGCACGCUCCACGAUCUGCUGGCCGAGGCGGCCGACUGGCCCAGAGUGGUGCGCUGUGCCCAGGUCGUCCCCGUGCUGCUGCACAUUUAUUUCAACACGGUUGUUACGGUGGGUCAGGAGAAGCUGUUGGCUCACCUGAUUCUGGUGAUGCUGGAGAGGAGCGGCCUCCUCCUCGCCAUCCCCACGUACAGCAGAGAGAUACACAGGGUGUUCAGCUGUCACCUGCUGAGGCUGUGCAAGCUCCGCCCCUCUCUGGUUGUGGACCAAUCACACGAGCUGUUGGAGUUUGCUGGGACAACAGCGAACGUCUACAGCAAGGAAGAAGUCUACACUCACGUGGUGUGGGUCCUGGGGGAGUACCUGUCGGCGGCGUCUGACUCCCGCUGCUCCGUGGCGCUCAUCACUUCCUGUUUUGAAACUUUGGAGGCGGUGCUGUUUGAGAUAACCUCGUCUGCCCCGCCUCCUGGAACGGUGUGCCCCGCCCCUAAAGUCAUCACCACUUUGAUGAGCGCGCUGGCUAAACUGGCGUCGCGAUCACACGACUUGAUUCCAAGGGUGUCUCUUUUCUUCUCCAAGCUAAGAACUGCAGCCAGAAACGGCUCGGUUGCCUGGUGCGCCGACGAAGACGACCUCGUUGCCAUAGUAACCCGUGGUGAGGAGUUGUGGUCUCUGCUGAAAGCCCCCGGUGUGGCUCAGAGCGUCCUGACCCCGCCCCCUCACGUCCUGACGCCACGCUGGCACAGAGACACGAACCUGGCCAUGCCGCUGCAGCUCCGAGUCCUCACCAGGCUCACACACUCACAGUGACUCACACACACACACACACACACACACACACUCACACAGUGACAGACACACACUUCAUUCUCCUGCACUGGCACUUGAUAUGAAUUAUCUGAACAACAAAACACCUUCAUUUUGAAAUUAGAU